UACAAUCAGACCACCCUUACAGUCGAUCCCCGCUGCACGUACUCCUCUUUCUCCGCACAGGGAGCGACAGUGGGAGCAUUAGUAAUCGCGGGUUAUCUUCGAGCAGAGUCAAUGUGCAAAAAAAUUUGUAGCCGUCAGUGUUAAGAGAAGCAUUGGCCCCAGCGGACCGGAUAGCGCUGCUUUCAACCGCGAGUGAGAUAUAGAUAAGCAGCUUGAGAAAAAUGGGUUGGUGGGGCAAGAAGAGGGACGAUCCGGAAACGGACCGCUCCAGCGGAUCAACUAACAGCCAGGCUCUGGUGCUGCAGGAUCCGCGCACGCGUGUGAAGACCACCAGCGCCGCCACAGCGACCACCAACACGGCGGUGCAGAACUCGACGAUAACGGACAGAAACAAGCAGACUAUCACCUUCAUGUCCACCCGUCAGACGGUGACGCAUACGCAGAGAGCGCUUAUAACGGAAACCACGACGCGGCGCACGCCGAGCCAGGCCGAGCUGGAGCAGCUCUUCGCGCAGAUGAGAAUGGGAAGCGAUGGCGCAACGACGACCACCACCACGACAACUACGCGCGGCCGACCACCUAGUCUGAACGGCGUGGCCCUGCGCUCCACUCCGUCCUUCAAGGCCACUACAAACAACAAGCGCUCCAGCACUGUGCUCAAGACGGAACACACAACGGUGACGAAGAAAAACGGACGCAACGUCACCCAGCACCUGGAGACACAGCGUGUAGAUCUCAAGACCAAGGGAAAGCCCUCUUGGCCGGCAUCAUUUUUUUCAUCGACAAGCUCCGGCGGCACAUCCGAGCCCUACGUCUCACCCUACGCCCAGAAGCCAAGUCUGGCCAUUACAUACGUGUCGCCUUAUGCCAAGUCCACCACAAGUCCAACCUCAACCUCAAGUACCAGCUCCGUGGCUAGUGCUCCAAGUUUUGGAGCUUUCAAGCCGGCUGCCAAGCCCCUGUUCUCCACAGCUGUGCCCAGACCCUCCACAGGGGCCAUACCCAAGACAAGCGUAGGCGCCCGAGACGCUCAGGGGGUCGUGAAGCCAAAGUUGUUCGCUGGAGUUGGCACAACCAAGCCAAUCGUGGCCAAGACCAAGCUGAAGCCCGCCCGAGUCUACAUCUUCAAUAACGAAAAGUUCGACAGCAAGAACGAGUUCCGUUCUGGCAGUGCCCAAGAUGUCAAGGUUCUGCGCACCACCUUCGAGCAGUUCAAGUGCAAGGUGGAGGUCAUCAAAGACGCCACACUGGCCACCGUCAAGAGUACGGUGAGGAUGCUGGAGACAAAAGACUUCGAGGAUAAGAGUGCCCUAGUCCUGGUGUUCUUAAGCCAUGGAACGCGUCACGACAGGCUUGCUGCCAAGGAUCUCGAUUACUCGCUGGACGACGUUGUCCUCUUCCCGAUAUUGCGUAACCGUACGCUGAAGGACAAACCCAAAAUGUUGUUUGUCCAGGCCUGCAAGGGCGCCAAUGAACCCGGUGGCUUCAUGACAGAUAGCGCCCAGCCGAACGGAUCCCCCAACGAGAUUCUCAAGUGCUACAGCACCUACGAGGGCUAUGUUUCCUAUCGCACUGAGGAUGGCACUCCCUUCAUCCAGACCCUCUGCGAGGCUCUGAACAGAUCGGGCAAGACAACCGAUAUCGACGGAAUAAUGAUGAGUGUGCGAAGCGUGGUGAAAAUGCAAACAAAAGACGGCCAAAUCCCAUCUGUCACCAGCACCCUGACCUCAAAAUAUGUUUUCGGAGAUUACGUCUAACCUGCUAAUAGUAUUAUUAUUGAAUCGACAUAGCCCUAUAUCCACAUAGAUUUAAUUUAUAAACUGUAUUGCAAGCGAAAGUGAUUAUACCCAUUGCAGAGGGUAGUAAAAUGUAUACCCUUAAGUUUCCAAUGCAGCGAAGGAGCGAAGAUGCUCAAAUAGCAUCAGCCAUGUCAUUCCGUUUUAAGGACUCGGUCUGUUCAGCUUGGAAAGAUCCGUCGACAAAAUCCACACACAUUUCUUUUUUAAGAUUCGCACCAUCAAGUGACCCAUGCGAAACCAUCCAGCCAAUCCCAGGCUGGAACGCAGCCCUAGACAAACUUAAAAACCCUACUGAUGCAAGGGUAUCAAAAUCGUCGGUCCCCGAAUACUCUUCUUCAAAUGAUUAUCAUAACUUCCAGGGGAAUCGCUACUAUAUAUUUUAUGAUUCAUUGAAAAUAAAAUUUGAUUCUACCAAUGUA